AUGGGCCACCACCACCACCUCCACUCCUCCACCUCCGCCGACGGCGGCGUCUCCCAGCGCGUCAACUCCCCGCGCUUCUCCGGCGCCAUGACCCGCCGCGCCCACUCCUUCAAGCGCAACCCUUUCUCCUCCUCCUCCUCCGCCGCCGCCGCCGCCAACAAUGACGACGGCGGGAUCGCCGGCGGCGGGUUCAGUACGCAGUACGAGGUGGACCUGCAGAUGAACUCGCCGAGAUCCGAGAUCGGCGGCGCCGGCGAGGGGUUUGUGACGCAGAGCGGCGGCGGCCACGUGACGCAGAGAGCGGCGGUGAGAGGGUUUCUGAGGAAGCCGAUUGAGGCGGUGGUGGUGGAGAUGGGGUUGAGGGAAAGGAAGAGACUUGGGCAUUGGAUGUUCUUUGCGUUUUGUGGGGUGUGUUUGUUUCUGGGGAUUCUUAAGAUUUGUGCUACUGGUUGGUUUGGAUCUGCUAUUGAAACUGCAAGCUCCAAUCAGGAUAAUUCUGGGUCCAUGACUCAUUCAAAUCGGAUUGAUGAAAGCUCUCAUGAUUAUGGGUAUAGAGACGGAGGAAGUGAUGUAGAACGGACUCUGAAAAUGGUGGCGUCUGGUGUGGUUGGUAGAGAGAACAGAGCUGAAUGGACAGGUAUCUGGUCCCGACCCAACAGUGCAAAUUACAGUCAGUGCAUUGACCAUCCAAAAAGCCACAAAAAGCCAGAUCCAAAGACCAAUGGUUACAUUCUUAUAAAUGCCAACGGUGGCUUGAAUCAGAUGAGAUUUGGGAUUUGUGAUAUGGUUGCUGUUGCUAAGAUUAUGAAGGCAACACUUGUCUUACCUUCGCUUGAUCACACCUCCUACUGGGCUGAUGACAGUGGCUUUAAAGAUCUUUUUGAUUGGCAACACUUCAUUGAGACAUUAAAGGAUGAUAUCCACAUAGUUGAGGCAUUACCACCUGAAUAUGCAGGAAUUGAACCUUUCAACAAGACACCAAUAUCUUGGUCUAAGGCAAGUUAUUACAAGUCAGAGGUCCUCCCACUGCUGAAGCAGCACACGGCAGUCUAUCUCACUCAUACUGAUUCUCGGCUUUCCAACAAUGACCUCCCAAGUUCCAUUCAAAGAUUGAGGUGUCGUGUGAAUUACAGGGCAUUAAAAUAUUCAGCUCCAAUAGAACAACUUGGAAAAACCUUAGUUUCUGGAAUGAGGCAGAAUGGAGGUCCUUACCUUGCUCUCCACUUGAGGUAUGAGAAGGAUAUGCUUGCAUUUACGGGCUGUAGUCAUAGUUUGACAGCAGAAGAGGAUGACGAACUACGCAGAAUGCGCUAUGAAGUCAGCCACUGGAAGGAGAAAGAGAUUAAUGGGACAGAGCGAAGGUUGCUUGGUGGUUGCCCAUUGACCCCUAGGGAGACUUCACUUUUGCUCCGAGGGCUGGGUUUUCCAUCAAACACCAGGAUUUAUUUGGUAGCUGGUGAAGCUUAUGGGAAUGGUAGUAUGCAACAUCUUGAGAAUGACUUCCCAAACAUCUUCUCCCAUUCUACUCUCGCCACAGAAGAAGAGCUGAGUCCAUUUAAGAAUCAUCAGAACAUGUUGGCUGGUAUAGACUAUGUUGUGGCCUUGGAGAGUGAUGCUUUUCUUUAUACAUAUGAUGGAAACAUGGCAAAAGCAGUUCAAGGUCAUAGGCGCUUUGAGAACUUUAAGAAGACCAUCAGUCCAGACAAGAUGAAUUUUGUAAAACUUGUUGAUGAUUUAGACCAAGGAAAAAUCUCUUGGAAGAAGUUUAGUUCCAAGGUAAAGAAGCUUCACCAUGACAGAGAUGGGUCUCCAUAUCUGAGGGAACCUGGAGAGUUUCCGAAGCUGGAAGAGAGUUUCUACGCAAAUCCCUUUCCGGGCUGUAUUUGUGAAACAAGAUCGAGAUAGUAGAGGCCGGCUAACAGUUUUGCAUUGUAUGAUGUUGUAAGCUCAGCCAAAUGUACAGACCUCAAGCUAUGUGUUGCCGUUGUUUCAGAAAUAUUGGCAGGGCAAUGC